CUCUCUCCCCUCAAAGCUGUGUGCGGAGGAGCACACGAGGAAGGUUGUCUCCGGCCGUCAUGAGUCGUUUCUCGGCUGAGCGAGCGGUACCGGAGGAGGACCUGAAUCAGCUCGAUGAUUACAACAAGGCCACUAUCGCAGCACAUUUGCACAAGCGCUUCAAAGUUCAAAGGCCGUACACCUCCCUCGGAAAUAUUGUGGUGGCCGUGAACCCGUUCGAGUGGCUUGAUCUGUACGAUGAUGACCUGGGGUUGGCUUACCAAGAACCAGGUCGGCGAGACCUGCCGGCACACAUCUACAAAUCGACGGCUGCUGCCUAUCGCGCGCUGCUGGAGGGCCAGGAAGACCAGAGCAUCCUGAUCAGCGGUGUGUCAGGAGCGGGGAAGACGGAGACGGCUAAGCUCUUGCUAGGUCAUUUGGCGUCCGUGGCUGGGUCGGAGGAGGGAGGGGUGGGUAGCGAGCGCAUUCAGCACAUGGUGGAGUGUACAGUGGUGCUGGAGAGCUUUGGAAACGCGGUCAUGAUGGGCAACAACAACAGCAGUCGUUACGGAGUAGUAACGCAGCUGCAGUUCGACGACGGGGACAUCCCCAAGAUGGUCGGAUCGCUCAACACCACCUACCUCCUGGAAAAGAGUCGCGUGGUGUCUCGGUCGUCUCGAGAGCGCAAUUUCCACGUGUUUUACCAGAUGGUGGGCUCGGACGACGAAGACUUCAAAAAGACGCUUCACCUGUCAGGCAAGACUUCGAACGACUUCCAAUACCUCAGCACCCACGCGCCGGCGGAGGACAUGGACUUCACGGGCUUGGCGGAAGUACAGGAUGCCAUCCGCGAGCUAGGGAUUGCGAUUGAAGAAGAGAAGGACGUUUUCAAGGCGUUGGGGGGGCUCCUUCACUUGGGGCAGCUGGAAUUUCUUUCCGACACUGGCCGCACGGAUGAUGCCAGUAAGCUUGCCGGGGGGACGGAGAAAUCGUUGCAGACGUCGGCCGAUCUGCUUGGGCUGAGCGUGGAGGAGUUGACAGGCGCGCUGCUGACGCGGCCACUGAUGGUGGCUCGCGAGACCUUCGUCAAGCCCAACAAAGUCGGGGAGGCGCAAUCGGCAAGGGACGCCCUGGCCAAGGAUGUGUACCUAGGCAUUUUCAAUUACCUGUUGAAAAAGAUCAACGAGGCCACAAGCUGCACAGAGAACGAGGAGGCCGCCGGGACGAUUUCAUUGAUCGAUAUCUUCGGGUUCGAGUCGUUCAGGCGCAACGGUUUCGAGCAGCUGCUGAUCAACUACGCGAGCGAAAAACUUCAGCAAAUGUUCAUCCAGGACGUGUUCAAGUCGGUUGAGAGGCUCUGCGAGACGGAGGGAAUUGACCACGCCAAGUUCAUGUACCGCGAUAACACGACCAUCCUCGAAACCUUGGAGGGUAACAGGGGCGUCCUUUCAAUGCUUGACGAGGAGUGCCUGCUGCCCCAUGGAACAGAUAGCGGCUUCGUGGCCCUGCUACAGGCUCAAACACAGGUCGCCCACGAGCAGCACUUAAAAGCCAACUCGAGGCUCAAGCACUUCACCGUUCACCACUACAAUCACGCUGUCAAGUAUGACGCAGACGGGUUCGUGGAACGCAACAGGGAUAAACUGCACACCAGUGUCGCGAAGUUGCUCGGCGCAAGUACGAACAACAUGGUCCGAAGGGUAUACGCGUACGCGGUUGGAGGCGGAGAAGGAGCCGACGAGGGCGAGUCCUCGCAGCCGGCGCAGAAUGACUUCCAGGCUCGGUUGGCAAUGUUCAAGAAGAAGGAGACCGGACCUGCGGGAGGGGGCGCGCGUAAGGGAAAGCGCGUGUCUUCCGUCAUGGAAGGGGGGCAGGAAGUCUUGAAGCGGGAGAGCAUGGGACGGCGCUUCAAGGGCGAGCUUAGGGAUUUGGUGGAGCGAAUCCACUCUACCGAGGUGCAGUACAUUCUGUGUAUUCGGCCCAACAUGGAGAACGACCCGGUGUUGUUCGAGGACGAAUAUGUGACUCAGCAACUGCUGUCCGCCAGCAUCGUUGAGGCUGCGCAGGUAUACAAGUUCGUUGGGGUGAAUGUGUCCCAUCUUGAGUUCAUCAAGAGGUAUGGAAGACUCGGUCCGCGAGAGUUGACCGCAUCGGGUCGCCCCGGAGACGCGGAAAGCGAGGCCGUCGUGUGCACGAAGUUGGCGGAUGUUUUGCUGAUCCGCGACCGCCACGAUCCUGACUCAAAGACAAAGUUCGAGGUUGGAAGGACCAAGAUCUUCAUCAGGGGUGCAGAGCACGAGCACCUUGAGGAGGUGAUGGCGUUCUACGAGCGAAGAAGCUCGAGAAAAAUCAUCCGGCACUGGAGAGUGCGGCGAGCAAGAAUCCGAAAAGCCGAAGCGGAAGCAGCCCGGCGGGAGCGUGCGGCGGCCAGAGAGAAGGCGCGGCAAGAGUCUGCGCUGCGCGUUGUUGUAGACGAUGACGAGGACGACCGCAGCUCGGACGCUGCCCCGGUCUCGCCCAUCCGUGCAGAGAUGGACAAAGACGACGAGGAGGAGGACGAGGAGGAGGAAGAGGAGGAGGAACUGCCGUAUUGGCAAGGGGGGCAGGCGUCGCCCAGCGAUGCGCGAGUUGGCGCGAAUCUGAGUGCUCCUCGAACGGAACCGUUCACCAAGGCAACGAUGCGGGCAUUCCUCAACCAGCCGGUGGAGACAGGCGUAAUCGAGUGCAUGAUCCGCCGCAAAAAGGGUGUCAUGAGCACAAUCUACCAGGCUUACUACGAGCCCUCAAUGAAGCUGCUCAUGACGGCCAAGAAGGACAAGGGCCGCUACAUCAUCGCCAUGAACCCAGAGUACAUGAAGAAAGGAGAACCUAGUACGCUGGGGAAGGUGAAGGCGGUGGCCCAGCGGCGACAAUACAUCGUCUACGACAACGGUUUCAAGGCGAACAAAACUCUGCCCGAGAAGUACACGAUCAAGCCAGAACGCAAGGAAAUUGCAGCUGUGAGCAUCGACCUGACUCGCCACGACGACUUCCAGGGACCGCGAAAGCUCGAGGUGUUGGUGGCGGACAGUGAUGAUGACUUGGUAGACCAUGCAUCGCUUCUCAACAGCUUCGGCAACGACAACACCAACAUCAUCACCCCGGUACCUCGCAUGCACAGCAUCAAGCCGGAAUGGGACGAAGACGCGGGAUACUUCGUGCUGGAGUUCUACAAGGACCGCAUCAAGAAGCAGUCCGUCAAGAACUUCAUGCUUCACAACAGCCGAGGACAAUUCAUCAUGCAGUUCGGCCGCGCCAAAGAGGACAAUGUCUUCGCCCUCGACUUCACGGGGCCGUUCAGCCCACUGGCUGCGUUUGGUGUUGCCCUGUCGGGGUGCGAUUCGUCGGUCUAACGUCGCUCCACGCGAGCAGUUCGACAAAAACUCGGUCGGGGAUGCGUCAGUCGACUUUUCCGUCUGAGUUAUAUCUGAACAUGUUUGUCCUCCUGAUUUCUUGUACUUGAAUGUUUCGAGCUCCGGCGCCAGUCAAAAUCACGUGAUGUAAAGUAGCCAACAAAGAGGAACGCCACGCCUAGGACACGGUGAUUGUUUUGUUUUGUUUUUACCAAUCCGUUUGCAUUCAUGGUAUGUGUGCUGCCUUCUCUAGGGUCUGUUCAAGUCCCCAUAGCGCUUCUUCAGAGCCGUGUUCGUUUGUGCAAUCAUUGUCUUGAACCCAACAGAGCACUCGUGCACCCCUCUGCAUUUGCUGUAGAGAACGAUUCUGCUUCAUGGAACCAAGGCGUUCCGCAGUAGUCGCAAGGAGAACUUGGCGUCGGAGUUGAAGACGGUCGGCCAAAAGGCAUCAUGUGCAUGUUGUGCACCCGUCUCUCCUUGAGGUAGCGCAGCGAUGAUGAUAUCCUGGGUGAGGCAAUCGUGCAAAAAGUAUUGAGGGGUGGGACGUCGGGGCAACAGCUCAGCAUUGCCCGCUCAAGAGGCUGUGGUAUAGUUGGCGUCGGGGAACCCUGUUGUGAUUUUUUGGAACGCCCCUGUUGUGUUGAGUAAGAGGUAUUUAGCGUAAUGCUGUGCCACAGUUCUGUAGGUGAAACGGUGUUGAUUUCCGGUACGGCAUUUUUUUCAGGACUCUCGUGAGGUAACCCCAUCCCACAAUUCGUGGUAGAACAUGCAACAGUCGUGGACGCAUGUGGGUGUCGCGAUGUUCACUAGUUAGUUAAUUGUUGUGUGUGCCUCACUAAUCCGACGUGUACGCUCUCAGGAUAUGUCCAACCUUUGCUUUCUCGAAGUUUGGCAUGUGUGGAGGUUAGUGCGCCGAACUAAUUAGGUCUGGUUGGCCUAGAGCCUUUUUCUUUCUGAAGAGUGCGACAGCAGUGCUGCAUGCAAUAACGCUGCCACGUGCAGGAGCCGCGUGGAGAUGUGUUUUUAUAAGUUGGAGUUUGAUUUUUCACGGGAGGUCCUUACACGAAUCUGGAGACCUUCUCUUUCCCAAAGCUGAUAUGUGGAUGUGCAGUGUGGACGAGUGAGUCUACUGGGCGUGUUUCAUUUGUUUUAUUGGCGAUAGGGUUGUCGCUGUCAGCGGGGUUAUGCGAUCGUUGUUGGAAUGGGACGAUAGAUGCCGAGUUGGGCCUGGCGUGCAGCGGGAAGUGUCUUAUGUAGUAGGCGGCCGAGGAAAGCGGAUAGUGGGGGCAAGCGGUCCGUCUGUAGUCGUUGGUAUAUCGGAGGUUUUGUCAAGAAUUGUUGGGUUCGAUACAGUGGUAAUAACUGCACACACGACUUAGUAAAUUAUCAAGAUGGUGAGCCAUCGUUGUACUCAUCUGCGUUAUCCUAUGAAGUAGCUCUCAAUCGACGUGUAAGACAAUCGAGCGCGGUGUAGACUAGACGAUCUCGUCAAGGCGACGGUCACGGAAGGAUCUUCUUGUCUAGAUCGCCUCUCGUCUCCUUUUUAGGUUCAAUAGCUGCACC